GUCUUCCUCUAGAUUCUAUCUAUCACUGUUUUGGUUUGAAAAUCAGAGAGCAGCUGACAGCUAUCCCCCUUUGACAAAAUAAGUGGGAAAAAAAAUCAAAAUCUUGGAAGAUGAACGAUAAAAAAAAGAUAUAAAUAAAAAAGGGGUUUGGUUUGGAAACUGAAGCGGACCCGUUUGAUGAAAGUUUGUUGAGAUUAGGUUCUCUGGCCACUGUUGUUGGCUACCCUUUUCUUUAUUCUUCUUCUUCAGUUAACCUUUGAGCUUAAAUUUCAAACCUUUUCUGGUUUCUGGCAUCCCAAGUAAACAAAGACUUCAUUUUUGUGUACUUUCUCUGGGGGUGGUGUGAGUCUUGAGGGGUGGUGUUGAGUGGAGUUCUAAGCAAUUUCAGGAUAUGGGUUUUUGUUUGUUGGGUCAAAGAUCUUACAUUUCAGGUGGGGACUGAGGGAUCUCACAGCCUCUACUUGUGUAUUGAUUAUUGUUUCACUUUCUUUUUUUAAUGGCCACUGUUGUUUGCUUCAUUCACAAGCUGUUGUCUUAUGGUCCCUUUUCUACUUUCUUUGGUGUUUGGGGAUAUGGGAUAUAAGUAUCUUCAUUUGGGAAUCCUAUAUCUUGCUUCAAGGCUGGUGUUUCUGAACCUUCUUUCAGAUUGAGUUAAGGGGUUUUUCUCCACUGUCUAGAUCUCUUGUUCUUGGGAUUUGGUUUUGGUGGGGAUUGGUGAUCUAAAUCUUUUCCUUGAAAUUGGUGUUUUACCUUCCAAGGUGCAAGCUGUUAGUCGCAGUUUGAGGGUUGAAAGUUUUGGAGCUGUGAUUAGAAGUUACUUCACUCAAGUUUCUACUCAGUGAUACUUGCUUCUGCUGUUUUCAUGGGAGCUUAACCUUGAUUCUGAGGUUAGCACAUUAGUUUUUGUUUCAGCAAUGAUGCUGCUCAGAUGUUUCUCAGUGAUACUUUUGCAGUGGUGUGUCUUAGCUUGCUUACUUUGCUUGUCUCUGGGUCUUAGCAACCAAACCACAUCCUGUGACCCUCAUGAUUUAUCAGCCCUAAAGGAGUUUGCAGGAAAGCUUACAAGUGGCUCUAUCAUCACAGCAUGGUCCAAUGACAGUGUCUGUUGCAACUGGGUUGGAGUUGUUUGUGAUAAUGUGACUGGUGGUAAUGGAGCAGGUGCUAGUACUAGUAGAGUGACCAGGUUGAUUCUGCCUGAAAUGGGUCUCAGUGGGACAAUUUCACCCUCUUUAGCACAGCUAGAUCAGCUCAUUGUGCUGAAUUUUUCAUACAAUCAUCUUAAAGGUGAAUUGCCUGUGGAGUUCUCCAAGUUAAAGCAGUUGAAGUUUCUUGAUGUGAGCCAUAAUAUGCUGUCAGGAUCUGUUGCUGGAACUCUUUCUGGUUUGCAAUCAAUUGAAAUAUUGAACAUUUCUAGUAAUUCACUUUCUGGAGUUCUCUUCCAGUUUGGGGAAUUUCCACGUCUCCUUGCUCUCAACAUGAGUAACAAUUCAUUCACUGGCAGAUUCAACUCUCAAAUUUGCAGUUCUUCCAAGGGUCUUCUCACCCUUGAUUUAUCUGCAAAUCAAUUUGAUGGUGAUCUUGAAGGUUUGGACAACUGCACCACAUCUCUCCGACAGUUGCAUUUGGAUUCCAAUUCAUUUUCUGGCCCUAUUCCAGAUUCCUUGUAUUCAAUGUCAACCUUGGAGGAACUCUCAGUCUCUGCCAACAAUUUAUCUGGCCAGUUAAGCAGGCAACUCAGUAAGCUCUCUAAUCUAAAAGCUUUAGUGGUUUCUGGGAACAGGUUUUCAGGGGAAAUCCCAAAUGUGUUUGGGAACCUUUUGCAGCUAGAAGAAUUUGUAGCACAUGCCAAUUUAUUUUCUGGAUCGUUGCCUUCCACCUUGGCUUUAUGCACUAAACUUAGGGUGCUUGAUCUUCGAAAUAACUCCUUGUCAGGUCUUAUUGAUCUUAAUUUCACUGGCUUGUCUAAUCUUCAAACACUUGACCUUGCUACUAAUCAUUUCAUUGGACCCCUUCCAAAUUCCCUGUUCAAGUGCAGUGAAUUGAAAGUUUUAAGCCUUGCUAGGAAUGGUUUAACUGGCCCUAUACCUGAAAAUUAUGCCAACCUCACGUCACUUUUAUUUGUAUCCUUGUCAAACAACAGCAUUGUGAACUUGUCAAGGGCGGUGUCUGUUCUGCAGCAGUGCAAAAACCUCACCACUCUUAUCCUCACCAAAAAUUUUCAUGGUGAGGAAAUUCAAGAAAGUGUGUCAGCAAGAUUUGAGAAUCUAAUGAUUUUAGCACUUGGAUAUUGUGGUCUUAAAGGCCAUAUUCCUUCUUGGCUAUCAAAUUGCAGAAAAUUGGCCGUCCUUGAUUUGUCUUGGAACCAUUUGAAUGGUAGUAUUCCUUCUUGGAUUGGUCAGAUGGACAAUUUGUUCUAUUUGGAUUUCUCAAAUAAUUCUCUCUCUGGAGAAAUACCAAAAAGUUUGACAGAGUUGAAGGGCCUCAUGUGUUCAAAUUGUAGUAGAUCUAAUCUUUCUGCUUUUGCAUUCAUUCCUCUCUUUGUUAAGAGAAACACAAGUGCGAGUGGGCUGCAAUAUAACCAGGCCUCAAGCUUCCCUCCUUCAAUUCUUCUGAGCAAUAACAUAUUAACUGGAAAUAUUUGGCCUGAUAUUGGUCAACUGAAAGCACUGCAUGUCGUAGAUUUAAGCAGGAACAACAUCACUGGUCCCAUUCCCAGCACUAUUUCAGAGAUGAAGAACUUGGAAUCAUUAGAUUUAUCUUACAAUGAUCUCUCUGGAGAAAUCCCUCCAUCAUUUAACAACCUCACAUUCUUAUCAAAGUUCAGUGUGGCAUAUAAUCGCUUACAAGGACCAAUUCCAACCGGGGGACAGUUUUUAAGCUUCCCUAGUUCAAGCUUUGAGGGAAACCUGGGGCUUUGUAGGGAAAUUGAUUCUCCCUGCAAAGUUGUCAACAAUGUGACGCCCAACAUUUCUUCUGGUUCAUCCAGAAAACUUGGUAAAAGCAAUGUCCUUGGCAUAACAAUCAGUAUAGGGAUAGGGCUUGCACUGCUGCUUGCAAUUAUUCUGCUAAGAAUGUCAAAGAGGGAUGGGGAUAAGCCUGUUGAUAACUAUGAUGAGGAACUCAAUAGCAGGCCACACAGGUUUUCUGAAGCACUUGUUUCUUCAAAGUUGGUGCUUUUUCAGAACUCUGAUUGUAAGGACCUCACAGUUGCAGAUUUGGUAAAAUCCACAAACAAUUUCAACCAGGCAAAUAUUAUUGGUUGUGGUGGGUUUGGUCUUGUCUACAAGGCAUACCUUCCAAAUGGUACAAAAGCAGCUGUCAAGAGACUUUCAGGGGACUGUGGUCAGAUGGAACGUGAAUUCCAAGCUGAACUAGAGGCCCUCUCAAGAGCUCAACACAAGAACCUUGUUUCUCUUAAAGGUUAUUGCCGGCAUGGUAGUGACAGAUUGCUAAUCUACUCAUACUUAGAGAAUGGAAGCUUGGAUUAUUGGCUACAUGAGUGUGUGGAUGAAAAUUCAGCUCUAAAAUGGGAUGCAAGGCUCAAUAUUGCACAAGGCGCUGCUCGUGGAUUAGCUUACUUGCAUAAGGGGUGUGAUCCAUACAUAGUGCAUCGAGAUAUUAAAUCUAGCAACAUACUUUUGGAUGAUAAGUUUGAAGCUCAUUUGGCUGAUUUUGGUCUCUCAAGGCUACUUCAACCUUAUGAUACUCAUGUUACAACAGAUUUAGUAGGAACUUUAGGAUAUAUUCCUCCAGAAUAUAGUCAGACACUGACAGCAACCUUCAGGGGUGAUGUUUAUAGUUUCGGUGUUGUUCUUCUUGAGCUGCUUACUGGUCGAAGGCCUGUAGAAGUCAUCAAGGGGAAAAAUUGCAGAAAUCUGGUAUCUUGGGUGUUUCAAAUGAAAUUUGAGCAUAAGGAGCAGGAAGUUUUUGAUCCAGCCAUUUGGCAGAAGGAUCAUGAGAAACAGCUGUUGGAGGUGCUUGCCAUUGCAUGUAAAUGUCUAGACCAAGAUCCCAGGCAGAGACCCUCUAUGGAAGUAGUUGUUUCAUGGCUUGAUAGUGUAAGAUUUGAUGGCUCUCAACAGUGAUCUUUUGCAUUUGUGUCCUUAUAUUUGGGCUUUGGUUGGUGUAUCAUUGACAACACAGUUGUAAAGCAAGUUUGUUGUAUGAAGGUGGAAUGUUAUUUGAUUCGGCUACUGCCUUUUUUUUAGUCCGUUAGUUCAUUAAUAUAGAUAGGUGUAAUAUGUAUAAAAUGAUAAUUUUGGCAAUUAGAUUAUCUUGCACUAAACAACAUAUAUAUAUGUAUCUCUUUUGCUGUUUAUAACUUAUGGCCCAUUGCAAGUGAUUUUAAUGUUAUGUCGUAGUCCCACUGUGCCAUGCAUGUGCAUGUGAUGCAUGGUAGGUAUGACAAAAAUGACUUGUUAACCUUCCAAAUCUAGGUGUCUUUAUGUAUCAGGUUGACUUGUUAACCUGGUCUAAAUCAAUCUCAAUUUUGGAUUUU